AUGGCGUUGGAUGCCUCUAUGGCGGAUCAGAUGACCCGGCUGAGGUUAGGACUCCUGGAACGGAUGCUGGAGCAGGAGCGAGAGAGCAUGGACAGAGCAGGACAGCAGGAAAAGUCAGACACCGCCCUGCAGAGUGCUUUGAGGAGAAGGAAGGACCUUCUGCAGAGGCUCUGGGAGCAGCAACUGAUGGACGAACACUCCCCAGCCCAUGCCUGGAGGGCCCACGGAAGAGCCGCGGUGCCAACCCUAGACCCCGAGGCGCCUCCCAUAGGUGUCUUCCCUGCUGCCUCCCCACCUUUGCCCCGACCCCCAGAGCCACCAAGGAUCAUCCAGCACCCGGUUCCCCAGGCUCCUGCCACCAUCAUUCAGCAGCUACCCCAACAGCCACUGAUUGCACAGAUUUCUCCUCCUCAGGCCUUUCCCACUCAGAGAUCGGGAAGUAUUAAAGAAGAUAUGGUGGAGAUGAUGCUGAUGCAGAACGCACAGAUGCAUCAGAUCCUCAUGCAGAACAUGAUGCUCAAAGCCCUGCCUCCGGGGCCCACAGGGCCUCGAGCUGCUACCCUCCAGGACCAACGAUGGAUGCACCACGGAGUCCCGAGAGUUGAGAAGCAGAAACCACCCCCGGUUCACCACCACCACCACUACCCGCCCACCACUCAGCUGCAGGCUGCCUCCACAGCUGGCUCCCCUUCGGGUUAUGCCGCGUGGCCUCCAGUCGUUGCAGCCACUACGCUCCCACACGCAGCCAGCUUCUUGCCCACUGUGAGCCACCUGACCGAGCCCUCGACCUCCCAUCCCAGCUACCCUUAG